UUGGUUAGUACUACUGCCACUCAAUUAUGAGAAACAGGAAGUACAGUCACAGCAGCCCAUGUUAUAAGUAGCCGUGACCGCAAAGGAUUCUGGGAGAGAUUGCUGGGAUGCAGACUGGGGUUGGUUCCUGUGACUUGGAAUGUUUUCUCCUGGAUAAACAGGUUCCUCGUGCGGCAUAUUACAUCCCAGAAUUCAUCAGUGAGCAGGAGGAAGAAUACCUGUUACGCCAGGUAUAUAACGCUCCCAAGCCCAAAUGGACUCAGCUUUCUGGGAGGAAAUUACAGAACUGGGGGGGCCUACCUCACCCUCGGGGAAUGGUAUUGGAAAAGCUGCCCUCCUGGCUGCAGACCUACACCGAGAAGAUUUCAUCAUUGGGAGCGUUUGGUGAUUACUCUGCCAACCAUGUGCUAGUCAAUGAGUAUAAGUCUGGAGAGGGUAUAAUGCCUCAUGAGGAUGGUCCUCUAUAUUACCCCACAGUCACCACCAUUAGCCUAGGGUCACAUAUUGUUUUGGACUUCUACUUGCCUGUGGAUCGAGAAUGUCUAGAGGACCAACAACUGGGUAGUAAGUCAGAGGAUCAGCGCCAUGUCUUUUCCCUGCUGCUGGAGCCACGGAGUCUCCUCCUUCUGCGUGAAGAUCUGUAUACGCGUUACCUUCAUGGGAUACGACCAGUGAUGUGUGACACGUUGAGUCAUACCGUAGCCAACUUAGCACAAUGCUCAGCUUCUUCUGAGGAAACAUUACAGAGAGGGACACGGGUGUCGCUGACUAUCCGUUAUGUCCCUAAAGUCCUGAAAACGUCCCUCUUCUUUGGGAAAGGGAGAUGACAAGAUCUGAACGACUCUAAAUUGACUCUUUAAGCAGAAAGGAAUACGAUAUGGCGUACAUUGCGAUUGUUCUAAUUGUACAUCCAUUAAACUGUGCUAAAGAGUGUACUUCCAACAGGCCGAGAGCACAGCGUUUGCAUGUUGCUCUCUGCUCUGUAUCUUUAUAUACAGAUCGUGGCUUUUACCCUACACAUUGGCACUCGGUGAACUCCUGUUUUAUAUCAUGUCACUGAGAAUAUAUUUAAUAAAUAUAUUGGUCGUUUUAUGAAUACUAAACCAACAAAAAAUAAGUGAACAUCAAAUGAGCAGGGUGCGGAGUUUAUGAAUGUUUUAAUUUUUUUCCACAAGCCAAGACUGAAUAAAUGAGGCACAAAAAUACAGAUAAGGAAAGCCAUAACUAGCAGCACCUUGUAGGGUCAGAUUGGAGAGUUUGCGAGGCUUGGGUGCUACGUGGAUGGUGUUUAUAAAAGGAAAACACUGACUCCCCCAGGUUAUGGUUGAUGCAUGGUUAUACAAGAAUGCUACUGGCACAGCACACAAAAUACAGCAGAUCACUUUUAAUAAAGAACUAUUGGGCAGACUAGGUGGGCCGAAUGGUUCUUAUCUGCCGUCACAUUCUAUGUUUCUAUGUCGCCACUAAAAAAAUUAAAAUUAUUUACAGAUUGUAAAACGUUCCCGUGAACUGGAUAAAUAUUAAGAAUAUAAUAAAGGGAUUGGACC